UGGUCGGCAGGGAGUUGGCCGGAUGAGUGGCGGAGCGAGUUGGAAAGCCGCGUUACCAUGGCAGAAAUGGAUGAGCAAGAGAGAAAGAUUGUCAAUGAGUUUUGUCACUUGCUAGAGAAGUCAAAGCAACUCUUCAAUGGGCUUCGGGACCUCCCUCAGUAUGGACACAAGCAAUGGCAAGCUUAUUUUGGUCGGACAUUUGAUAUAUACACCAAGCUUUGGAAGUUCCAGCAGCAGCAUAGACAGAUUCUUGACUCGAAAUACGGACUGAAAAGAUGGCAAAUUGGGGAGAUAGCUUCCAAGAUUGGCCAGCUGUAUUAUCAUUACUAUUUGAGAACAAGUGAGACCAACUACCUGAAUGAAGCGUUCUCCUUCUACGCUGCCAUAAGAGGUCGAGCUUAUUAUAGUAGAACAAGCAAAGAUGAUCGUUCAGUGCAAAUGUCUGACUUGAUGGUGAAGAAGCUGCGAUAUUAUGCAAGGUUCAUUGUUGUCUGCUUUUUACUAAAAAGAAUGAAGCUAGUACGUGAUCUAGUCAGAGAAUUAAGUAAACAAAUAGACGAAUAUACAACUACAUAUGAACCAGAAGAUCAGCUAGAGUGGUCUCUGGUGCUUGGAGAGAUUAAAUCCUUUAUAGAUGCCGAUAACACCAUAAAUGUUCUGGAUAUGGAUUCCAACACCAUUGUGCUCUCCCACAGGUUGAGUGCUCAUAAUACUCCUCCAGUUGAAAAGACUCCUAUGAUGAAUCUGAGUCUUCAAGAAAUACUUAUAGUUGGCAACUGUAAUGAUCAGGUAAAAUUCAGUGAACUCACGAUUGACAUGUUCCGGAUGCUACAAACUUUAGAACGAGAACCACAAGAAGAUGUUGCACAGAUCUAUGAUGCCUCUCCAGCACCUAACAAAAUACCCUUUAAUGGAGAUACAGGAAGCAGAACACUAAAACGAGAAAAUCCACACAAAUAUCUUCUGUAUAAACCUACAUUUUCUCAGCUAAUGGUAUUUCUAGCAUCAGGCUUUAAAGAACUUCCAGCCAAUGGUGCAAUGCUCCUAUAUAUUUCUGCAGAUGGAGCAUUUUCUACCUCCAAGCACCCUCAGGACCCUGGUUAUGAUUAUGGUGGAGUUGUUACAAACAGCAAACGAGAUCCAGAUCACUCAAACAAGCGUGUCAUGCAGCUAAAGGAUAUGCAUUGUUUUUAUCCUGGGGACCUGUAUGCUUUCACACGCAAGCCUUUGUUUCUGGUUGUGGAUUCUGAUAACUCGCCCGUUUUUGCAAAUAUGCCACACUACUUUGGUCAGCCUCUUGUGGUUUUAAUGUCACCACAAGAUACACCAUCCCAGUUUCAUGAUCAGCACCACCGAGGAAACUUGUUCACCUUAUUCCUGCAUUCUCCACUAAUGGGCAUGUGUCUAGUGAGCUCAGCAUGUGAAGUGCCCAUGAAUCUGUGGGAGAAGUGUCAAGCUCUUGUUGAUAGGUUUAUCUCUGAGGCAUCCAGAUUAGUCACACGUGGGAGGAGUGUAG